AUGCAUAGCCUUUUCAAUCUCCCUAUCCAUUUCCAGCAAACCCACUUCCAUCAACCUCCUUCCUACAACACAUCACCGUCUCCAUCUAACACCACUCAUCAUCUCCGGAUCUUCAAUCUUCCUCCCAACCUUCAUCCCAACCAACAACCUUCUUCAUCGCCACUGUUAACCCACCUUCACCGUGACCUUAUCCUUUCUCUCCGAUUCAACCCCCUUCCGCUCUUCAUCUUCAACACAAACCAUAACACCCUUCAAUCUUCCUUCCUCCCAUCAAAGCAACUCCAUUCCAUUUCCUUUCCUACCCACAUGAACGUCCUUAUCAAACCUCCAACUCCUCAAUCUCAAUCGCACGACACCACCCUCUGGAUCUGCAUCGCACUUCCAUGA